AUGCACCCACGACGGGACUCGAACUCGCAGACGGCCAAGAGACAAACGACAGCCGGCGAGGGUCACUUGCGUUUUGGCGCGCCGGACAGAGGCAACAAUGCGCCUACGAGUGGACACAAGACCGUUUGUCUCACGAGUCCAGCACCGGCUGCUGUUGUCACUUCCGGCAUCCAUCGGCGCCCUGGCAACAGGGCCGUCACUUGUCUCGUCUCCACGCGGACACUGGGAGUCUGUCUGCCGCGACCGGGGGCGGGGGCACCGGCCGGACGCAGGCGGCAGCCUCCCUAUCGGUCUGCCGUCGGCGCAGCAAGGCGAUGUAGCCAUGACGACACGCAAAGGCAUCAGUUGCCGGGGCAGUUGGCAACGCCGUCUGAGAAUAGGACUUGGAAGUGGGCCGAAAGUGGUGAGAAAAGGUCGAGACCAGUCAGUCCGUGGGUCAGUUGGAAUGAGACGAGUUUGAAGAUGCCGUCAAAAGCCGCCAAGUCGCCCGAGUUGGCGACCAUUGCUGCCCUUCCCCCCUCUAACCUCUUGACCCCGACCAGCGCCAGGCGGUCGGCACGGCAUGGCGCAGCUAUGCCUGGCAAGACGUCGGCAUGUCUUGUGGCUGAGGCGACAGCUGGUCCGGAGAAGUUGGCAACCUCUGGUCCGCUCGACUUAACGUGA